UGAUAAAGAGCCAACUACGGAGAUGAUACAUGCGGCGAUUCGACGUGCGACAAUUGCCAAUAAGUUUAUUCCUGUGUUGUUGGGUUCAGCCUAUCGAAACAAAGGUGUACAACUCCUUCUAGACGCAAUUUGUCGGUAUCUUCCGUCUCCUAUGGAAAAGGAAAAUAAGGGUUAUUUGCUGAAAAAGGUGAAAGAUGAAGAGGGAAAUAUUUCCAAUGUUAAGGAAGAAAAGGUUGACUUAUUGACUGACGACGAAAAACCACUUGUGGCGCUUUUGUUUAAGCUGGAAGAAACCAAGAAAACAGGACUUUCAAAUUAUGUUCGGGUGUAUCAAGGGAAAAUGAGGAAGGAACACCUUUUAAACGUUCGAAGUGGUAAGACGUUUUUACCCCCAAAGCUUGUCAGAAUGCAUGCUGAUUCCGCUGAGCAGGUGGACGAGGUUAAGGCAGGAGAUAUUUGUGCCAUUCAAGGAGAAAUUGAUGCAUCAUCAGGGGACACGAUUAUGAGAGCGGGUCCAAAAAGCGGACUUCUAAUUUCUUGCGAAGAUAUGUACAUCCCUCCGCGUGUCAUUUCAUCUUCUAUUAAGGCGAAGGAUGAUCGGGAUCUGAAUCGAUUGCGUGACCGUAUGGCUGCAUUUAUGCGCGAGGAUCCCACAUUUUUUUUUUAUCGCAACUCUGAAACCAACGAAGACAUUUUGGAAGGUAUGGGAGAGCUGCAUCUUGAUAUUUAUGUGGAGCGCUUGAAACGUGAACAUGGUCUGGAGGUUGAACUUGGGAAACCGACGGUAAACUAUCGAGAGGUAAUCACGGAACGAAAGGAGUUUGAUUUUGUUUUCAAACGACAAAGUGGUGGCGCAGGACAGUGGGCACAAUUAAAAGGAUACAUCGAUGUUUUUCCUAUUGAUAUGUCAAUAGAGAAAGGCGUAAAAAACAAGGUCACUGUCAGUUGCUCCAAUGGUGAUGUUCGCGAAUCCCUUCAGAAGUCGGUUAUCAAGCAACUGGAGCGUAAAAUCUUUGUAAAGGGCGAAUUGAUGGGGGCACCGGUAUGGGGUGUACACUUUCAUCUUGGUGGUGGCGCUAUGCAUGAGGUGGAUUCAACAGAUAUGGCGUUUAAAAAUGCAACACAAGAAUUGUGGGAAACACUAUUACCAAAACUCAAGCCUACAUUGGUAGAGCCAUACAUGGAUGUGGAAAUUGUUGUUCCGGCGCAGUGCAUGACGGAGGUGACAACAGAAUUUUCAAAACGUGAAGGUAUUGUUACGGAAACAAGUAUCAAUGGAGCAGAUGCAGUAAUUCGUGGAGAGACGGCGCUGGACACCAUGUUUGGUUUCAUCUCCGAUCUUCGGCGACUUACAAAGGGGCAAGGUGACUUUGGGAUGCAAUUUAAAGAGUACAGGCCCAUGCAACAGUACAAAGCACAAAUUCGCAUGGACGAGCGCAACAAGGAAAUUGGCCGUAAACUUUAUAAACUCGCUGGGGAAUGA